AUGAAAACUGAAAUGCAUAGAAUUCUUAAUAUGCCUAUGUUUUUUAAAGUUAUACAAUCAACAGAACAUAAUGUUAAAUAUAUUUUUAAAAAACCUUGUAUAAUAUUGAUGUCAAAUAUUAGUCUGCAUUGGCUUAAGUAUAUUAACACCAAAACACAGAAACACAUGCCUGUAUUUAUAAAUGAGAACUUAGUUCAAAACCAAAAGAAUCAAACCUUACCAUUUGGGAUUCUUUCCCAUAAUCACAUUAAUUAUAAUACAGACACUUUAGUAGAACAUAAUUUGAAUAGCUUUACUCUAAAUACACAAUCAGAAUUUAAUUUCAAAUUAAUAAUACCACAAGAGAAUGUGAUGCAAUAUUUUACACAGUGGCAAAGAUAUAGAAAAUUUUGGUGGAGUUCUAUUACAACAACACCCAGUUUAUUUUCUGUAAGUGAUAUCAAGUUUGGAGAAAAUACAGCAGACGUGGAAGUCUUAGCUCAAUUUACACCGGGCAAUACAAUUGUAGAAACUAUCAAGAUAUAUCCAAAUACUAGUAUACCAAAUUCAUGUUGUCUCAGUUGCACAUUAUAUUUAGAAAAAGCUCUAUUUAUUUUAUUAUUAGAUGGAUUAAGUGGACAGAAUAAAACAAACUAUUUAAAGCUACACAAAAACAUGGCGCCUUAUAAAAUUUCAUUUGCUAUUAAUUGUAAAGAUACCGAACAUAAACAAACGCUACAAGAACUAUCAGAACUACUCAAUUUUAGACUACAAAAGAAAAAAAUAUCUACUUGGAUACCAAAUUUUUCACUGUCAACAGAAUCACAAAUACAGGAAAACUUACAGAUGGGUGUAGUUUAUACAGCUAUCCUAAACGAUAACACUCUAAAAAAUGGAAUAUUUCGCUUAAUGAACAGCAGUACUAUGUUACAGGAACAAAUUCAUGUUGCCGAUUUUGAUUCAUAUGCAUCAUUGUUGUGUAAAUAGAAGAUGAAUAAAGAAAAUUAAGCCAUAGUGAACAUCACAAUUUUUAUUUUUUUCCUCUAUAAUAAAACUAUAUAAGUAUGGUGCCCUACCAACAUUCUCUAAGUACGGCGAUGUUUUAAUUAAUGGAUAAAUAUGGAAUCAUGUACUCGACUGCGCUACACACAAUCAAUAAGACAAUAUCCAAACGUUUCACGAAAAAAAUAACUUUUAAUAAAAACCUAAAAAUACAAGUCAAUCGCGAAAUAUAUAAAAAAAUACAAAGAUAUACAUACAUAUAUAUAUAUAUAACCACAUUCAACAACUGCGUCGCGGAGUCUAGCAAAAACAGGAGAAAUUUCUAAUAACUUAGUAACUUAUAUCGCAGAUUUUACCAUAGUGCCCAUCUACGUUAAAAUCCGCAAUAAGUUGCUGGUAAGUAAUAAUAAGUUGUUACUAAGUGAAUUCAAUUUGUGUUGACGAUAAUUACACCCAUCAUAACUUAUGAUGAUAAGGUUCUAUAUUAUAGAUUUAAAAAUGAUACACUUCUCAAAUUUAUUUAUUCAGGAAUACUUAUUGCAAGAUAUUUAUUACAUACAGUUCUUACAAAUAUCGUUCCAUCUCUAUUUUAAUGAAAAAAAAACAUUGCUUUUGUUAUAAUUUGACACUUGUACAAUAAUAGUUCAUGAAUACAAAUAAUAUUAACGAUAGCAAUAUCAAAAUUAGAGACAAUAAUUGUUGAAGACUUGUACAAUCCUCGCAUACAAUGUAAUCAGUAAAUUCAGUUAACCUGCGCCAACACUGUUCUACAUAAGAGCAGGAUUGACGAUACUAUGUAAGGAAUUUUUACAUAGUAGGAAAAUAUUAUAAAAUGACUUACCAAAGGGCGAUACCUACACAUCUGUGAUAGCUUUCAUUGGCUUACAUUACAAAUUAGAA